AUGAUAGUCGAACAAGUCAACGGGCGGCUCAAAGGCAAGUGGCGCAUACUCGACAGCCGGAUGGAGUGCCACAGUGAGAGGGUGCCGCAGGUGGUGAGUGCCUGUGUGGCACUUCACAACAUCGAACUGACAAUCGGCAGCAUGGAUCGCCUGGGCACACCGCCGGAGCGCUACCGAUGGUGGCUCGAGGGGCCCGUGGCUACUCUUCGACUUACCGGCCCUGAGGCGGAGGUGCAGGGGCAGGGGGGAUCGCGUGGGCAGGCGAAAGCACCUGGCUCACCUCCGCCUCGCUUACCUCCGCCUCUCUCACGCUCCGCCUCGCUCACCUCCGCCUCUCUCACGCUCCGCCUCUCUCAUCCUCCGCCUCUCUCACCCUCCGCCUCUCUCACCCUCCGCUUCUCUCACCCUCCGCCUCGCUCACCCUCCGCCUCUCUCACCCUCCGCUUCUCUCACCCUCCGCUUCUCUCAUCCGCCGCCUCUCUCAUCCUCCGCCUCUCUCACCCUCCGCCUCUCUCACGCUCCGCCUCUCUCACCCUCCGCCUCUCUCACCUCCGCCGCCUCUCUCAUCCUCCGCCUCUCUCAUCCUCCGCCUCUCUCACCUCGGCCUCUCUCACCUUCCCCGCCCAACGUAAUUCCUCCGCCUUUCUCACCCUCCGCCUCUCUCACCCUCCGCCUCUCUCACCCUCCGCCUCUCUCACCCUCCGCUUCUCUCACCCUCCGCUUCUCUCACCCUCCGCCUCUCUCAUCCUCCGCCUCUCUCAUCCUCCGCCUCUCUCACCCUCCGCCUCUCUCACCCUCCACCUCUCUCAUCCUCCGCCUCUCUCAUCCUCCGCCUCUCUCACCCUCCACCUCUCUCAUCCUCCGCCUCUCUCAUCCUCCGCCUCUCUCACCCUCCACCUCUCUCAUCCUCCGCCUCUCUCAUCCUCCGCCUCUCUCACGCUCCGCCUCUCUCAUCCGCCGCCUCUCUCAUCCUCCGCCUCUCUCACCCUCCGCCUCUCUCAUCCUCCGCCUCUCUCACCCUCCGCCUCUCUCACCCUCCGCUUCUCUCACCUCCGCCUCGACAGGGUAGAUGCGUCGUAG